AUGGCAACCUCAACCCUCAAAAUCCUUCUCAUUGGCAAAGGAGCUCGCGAGCAUAGCUUGGCUUGGAAACUGUCUCAAAGCCCAUCUGUGCAACACAUCUACGUUGUCCCUGGGAACGGCGGCACACAAGAUCUUCCCAAUGUCUCGAAUAUUUCUCAUAUCGGUCAAGAUAAUUUCCCGGGGCUCGUUUGUUUUGCCAGAGACCAGCACAUUGGCCUCGUUGUAGCUGGACCCGACGAUGCUGUUGUGAACGGCAUAGCUGGAUAUUUUGAAGGCACUGGUAUCCCUUGCUUUUCUCCCUCCAAGGCGGCAGCAGAAAUAGAGGGGUCCAAAGCAUACUCCAAGGCCUUGAUGGAAAAAUACGAUAUUCCAACCGCCAAGUAUAAAACCUUUAGUCAAUAUGAAGAUGCAAGAGCCUAUUUGCAAUCUAUUGACUGCUCUCGUGUUGUAUUAAAGGUUGAUGGUCUGGCUGCUGGGAAGGGUGUAGUGCUGCCUGCCAAUGAGGCGGAAGCACUUGACGCAUUGCGUCUGAUGAUGGUUGAGUCUAAAUUUGGCUUCUCGGGACAAUCUGUUGUCAUCGAAGAAUUUCUAGAUGGCGACGAAAUCAGUGUUCUCACUUUCGUGGAUGGCUGCGGAGCUUUCAAAUCCCUUCCACCAGGGCAGGACCAUAAGCGUAUAUUUAAUGGAAAUAAAGGUCCUAAUACUGGAGGCAUGGGAGUUUAUGCGCCUCUGAGUUUCUUAACCACCCAAGAUCUCGAGACAAUCGACCGGGAAAUCAUCAGGCCUACGCUUGAGGCUCUUCAAGCCGAAGGCCGACCUUUUUCUGGCAUGCUCUUCACUGGCAUAAUGAUAACAAGAGAUGGACCCAAGGUUUUGGAAUACAAUGCUAGGUUUGGAGACCCCGAGACGCAGACAAUGAUGAUGCUGCUUGCUCCAGAAUGUGACCUUGCCACGAUCCUCAUUGCCUGUUGCACAAAGAAGCUUCAAGAUGUAGCUAUCCCCGUACGUCCCGGAUUCGCUUGCAAUGUGGUGGUUGCAGCCGGGGGCUACCCUGAGUCCUACCGCAAAGGUGAUGUCAUCACGGUCGAGGGCUGUCCAUCAGGUGUGGAGAUUUUCCACGCUGGAACGGAGAAAUCGGCAGAUGGGCAACUUUUAACGACUGGUGGCAGAGUCCUCUGUGCGGCGUCGUAUGGGUCAACUCUAGAAGAAGCAGUCUCUCUCGCUUAUAGAGGCGUACAAGCCGUGCAGUUCAAGGAUAAAACGUACAGAACGGACAUUGCUUCACGGUAA